AUGGCUGACCCGAUGUAUCACUCAAUGGGGGAAGCUGCUGGUGACCCCUCCAAUCCUCAUUCUCAUUCUCAUCCUCAACAACCUCCGCAACAGCAACAAUACGCAGGCUACCACCCCGGGGCGCCUCCGCAACCAGGAGCUGCCUAUCCGAACCCUUCUCCGAAUCAAUGGUCCACCUACGGCUCUCCUCAACAGCAGAACCUGCCUACCAGCCCGAAUGCUGGCUAUGAUGCCGCUGCCGGGCAGCAAGCACCCAUGGGUGCAGCUGGAGACCCCGGUAUGGCCGGAUUGUCCUCCCAGAUGAGCGGGCUUGGGAUCGCAGCAGAUGCUGGAGCCAGGUCACAUCGUAAGAAGCAUCGGCAUGCCCAUCACGAUAUUGGUGUUGCUGCCCCGGCCCCGGCCCCGGCCUUUGGCCAGGGAGCGGCUGCCACGGGGGCCCCGCAACCAACAUCCCAAUUCCUGAAUACUGGUCUAAAUCAAGCUCCGCAGCCUGUCGCUGGUGCUUCCCCAGGAUACGUGCAGCCAGCGCCGGGAAUGACCUCGCAGCCGGGAAUCACUACUGGAGCAGACUCGGUGUCCACCCAAGGCAGAAUUGACCCUGAGCAGAUCCCCAGCAUCCCCCGAUCGCGCGACUUGCCUGCUCAGUACUAUUUCAACCAUGUCUAUCCAACAAUGGACCGCCACCUCCCCCCGCCUGCGUCGAUCCCCUUUGUGGCCCAUGAUCAGGGUAACUCCUCGCCCAAGUAUGCCCGUCUGACACUCAACAACAUCCCCUCGACCUCCGACUUCCUCUCCUCCACCGGUCUGCCUCUGGGCAUGGUGAUCCAACCCCUCGCACCUUUGGAUCCCGGCGAGCAACCCAUCCCCGUGCUGGACUUCGGGGACAUUGGUCCUCCGCGAUGCCGACGAUGCCGAACAUAUAUCAACCCCUUUAUGUCUUUCCGAUCAGGAGGCAGCAAAUUCGUCUGCAAUAUGUGCACCUUCGCAAAUGAUACACCAGCCGAAUACUUUGCGCCCUUGGAUCCUUCUGGGGCUCGCGUAGACCGCAUGCAAAGACCGGAGCUGAUGAUGGGCACAGUCGAGUAUUUGGUACCCAAGGAAUACUGGAACAAGGAACCAGUGGGCCUACAGACACUCUUCUUGAUUGACGUCAGUCGCGAAUCUGUGCACCGAGGUUUCUUAAAGGGCGUCUGUGAAGGCAUUGCUGAGGCUUUGUAUGGCGAGGAUGGAGCCGUUGAUGGCACCGAGGGUGAUGAAACGAAAGCACGGAAGAUCCCUGCGGGAUCCAAGGUCGGCAUUGUCACGUUCGACACGGAAGUUCACUUCUACAAUCUCACCGGCACAUUGGAUCAGGCGCAGAUGAUGGUUACGACCGACCUAGAAGAACCGUUCGUGCCAUUGAGCGAGGGCCUAUUUGUGGAUCCAUAUGAGUCCAAGUCUGUGAUCACAUCGCUUUUGGAAGGGAUACCCAGUAUUUUCGGUCAUAUCAAGAACCCUGACCCCGUCGUUCUCCCAACACUCAAUGCCGCUCUUGCAGCUCUUCAGCCCACCGGCGGAAAGGUCAUCUGCGCAGUAUCCAGCCUGCCCACUUGGGGCCCUGGACAGUUGACAGUGCGUGAAGAUGUGAAGAUUCACGGGACGGAUGCAGAGCGGAAACUAUUUACCACAGAGAAUCAAGCAUGGAAGAAGACAGCGAGCCAGCUGUCUGAAGCGGGAGUGGGAGUGGAUUUCUUCAUUGCCGCCCCUGGUGGCACUUACAUGGAUGUGGCGACAAUGGGUCAUGUGUCUGCUCUAACGGGCGGCGAGACUUUCUUCUACCCAAAUUUCCAUGCACCGCGCGAUUUACUCAAGAUUCGCCGGGAGAUGGCCCAUGCCACCAUUCGGGAGACAGGCUACCAGGCGUUGAUGAAGGUGCGGUGCUCAAACGGCUUGCAAGUAUCUUCUUACCAUGGAAACUUCGUGCAACAUACCCUCGGCGCCGACCUCGAGAUCGGUGGCGUAGAUGCAGAGAAGGCCAUUGGCGUUGUGUUCAGCUAUGAUGGCAAGCUGGACCCCAAGCUUGACGCUCAUUUCCAGGCCGCACUCCUCUAUACCUCUGCUGAUGGCCAGCGUAGAGUUCGUUGCAUCAAUGUGGUGGCCGCAGUUAAUGAAGGUGCCAUGGAGACCAUGAAAUAUGUCGAUCAAGAUGCCGUGGUAGCUGUCAUUGCCAAGGAGGCUGCCUCGAAAACGCUCGACAAGACCCUCAAGGAUAUCCGUGCCAGUAUCUCCGAAAAGACGGUCGAUAUCUUCAGCGGAUACCGCAAGAAUUUCUCCGGGUCACACCCGCCAGGCCAGCUGGUCUUGCCGGAGAACCUGAAAGAAUUCUCGAUGUACAUGCUCAGUCUUAUUAAGUCGAGAGCGUUCAAAGGUGGUAACGAGUCAUCGGACCGCCGUACUCAUGACAUGCGCAUGAUUCGAUCCCUCGGAUGUACAGAGCUAUCUCUUUAUCUCUACCCUCGUAUCAUCCCCAUCCACAACCUGCAACCAGAAGACGGCUUCCCCAACGAGCAAGGCCAACUUCAGGUCCCACCAACACUACGCGCUAGCUUCUCAAAGAUUGAGGAAGGGGGUGCAUACCUAGUGGACAACGGACAAGCCGUUCUACUUUGGUUGCAUGCUCAGGUCUCACCGAAUCUUCUAGAGGAUCUACUCGGACCCGGGGCGAACUCGCUCCAAGAACUCAAUCCCAACACAUCAUCCCUGCCAGUAUUGGAGACGCAUCUCAACGCUCAGGUGCGCAAUAUUCUGCAAUACUUCUCAACAGUGCGUGGGUCUAAAGCAGUCACCAUCCAACUGGCCCGGCAAGGUCUAGAUGGGGCGGAGUACGAGUUCGCCCGACUGCUUCUGGAGGACAGGAACAACGAAGCCCAAAGCUACGUGGACUGGCUGGUGCACAUUCACCGGCAGAUCAAUCUCGAACUUGCCGGUCACCGCAAGAAGGAAGAGACGGGUGACAGUACAUUGGCCAGUUUGUCGGCUAUGCGGGCGCCGUACUGGUAA